GUACAUUAGAGGUUGUUGAAGGAGUUUCCUGUUUCACAGAAUGCUGAAAAGCUCUGUCGAUUUUUUUAGCGGCUUUUUCCUCACUGCCUGCUUCCGGUAACGGUUCAGGUUUACGAAUAUUUAUUAAUUGAAGAACAAGGGGACGCCGUGUGACAAUACCCGUUCCACGAGGCAAAAAUUCACGUCCAACUGCAUUUGUUAGUCAUGUUACUGGGCAAAUAAUACCAAAAACUCCCAAACUUACCGAUGUUCUCAAGAACAGAAGAUUUACCACAGGAUUGAGAGCCAACGACUACGAUAGAAGGUAAAUCAAGAAAAUCAUAACCAAUAGUGUUAUAAACCAGGUCUUGCAGUUGAUUUACAAGCGGAACAAGCUGCUCCAUAAGGUGUAAGGUGGAAUAGGAAGUCGGAAGGGAAGAAUUCCCCAAUGAAGUGUCUGACGCGCACAGGAACACAGCGAAUCUUACAAAUAGAAACAAAACAAAGCAUCAUUCAAUAUAGUGAAAUAGAAUUUAUAAAAUUGCUUUACAAAUGCUUGGGGGAGCACUAAUGUAAAGACUUUCUUCUUGUUGGCAGCAGUUUUCGUUUCUACGCGUCGCGUUUUGCAUUUAUCAACGCGACCUAAAUUAAGCUUUUUUGAAGGCAUAAUCUUCUUGCAAGAAAGCAAAUGCCAACCUCUUCAAAUUAAAUGACACGUUGGAAUUGAUACAGACAGCCCAAUUAGGGUUAUUAAAAGCUUGCUGUUCCCAUCGUGUUUAAAAGCUCGACAUACCUCUGUUUUCAUGAGUCAGCAUUUGGCGUGCACAUGCACCCUACACACACCGGGACACGCGCAUAUUCGUUUUUUUUUCUACCUUUUCUACCUUUUUUGAAGAUAUUUAGGCUCUUUAAUAGGCCUUCUUUCUCGUUUUUCGCUGUAUCUUGUUUCAAUUUUCAUUAAAUUCAUCAUUGUUUCACGUUUUCAAUAGUAACGAUGGACUCUCCAAAAUUGCAGCUUUUUUCGGCUUUUCCGCCCCCUCCUAGUUAUUACAAACUUUUUACGGAGGAGAACAGAAAGAAAGCAUUCCCAGAGACGAAAACUGAAGACAUGAAAGUUGAUGAAGAGGAAACAGACGAAGUCAAACAAUUGCGGCAUGUAUUUACAAAACCAGACUAUCCUAAAGAAGGAACAUACAUGAUGUUCGGAGAUAAUUGGCAGACCAAAAUUGUAUUCCCAUCUUUGGAAGAGUUCGGAAUUCCUCAAUUCUACAAAAAGUUAGAUGAUGGAGCAGGAAACGCUAUCCGGUUGUCUGAGCAAAAUCCUCUCCUUCCAAAGGUUAAAGAAGAUGAAGGGGAUUCUGCGGAAGCAUCCACAGCAAAGAAGGAGCCUUCGCCGUCAGAUGAUAAAGUGAAGAUGGAAGAAGACGAAACGGAAGACAAGACCUCACUAAGCACAACGACAGCAGAAUCUACUACGACACAGCCUGUGAUUGCUCAUAUUGCCGACGAAUUGAAACGACUUUCACGAUCCCUGAUGCUCAAUUUUCUUGAACUACUUGGUAUAAUGGCGAAAGCACCCGAUCAGUUUCCAACAAAGACAGAAAACAUGCGCGUUAUUUUGCUCAACAUCCACCAUUUAAUUAAUGAAUAUAGACCUCAUCAGGCUCGGGAAUCGCUUAUAGUGCUUUUGGAAAAGCAGCUUUCAUCUAUUCAAAACAAUUGUGAUGAUUUGCGUCAAAAAAACGAGACACUAAAGUCAACAUUGGACAAAUAUAAAGCAUUGGACGUUGCGGACACUGAAAUUACUUCAUUUGUGCAUUCUUGCACAGACUUCCCUCCUCUACCGGAUACCAUAAACCACGUUAACGCUCAAGACGAAAUUGAAGCCCAAUCUGCAAAAACCAAGCUUCAACGGCAAACACUAGCCGUUGAAGUUAUGAAAAAUUCAGCUGAAGAUAUAACUUCGAAUUAGGAAUGCACACGUUGUUUUCAAACCUUCCGGUACGCCAUCUCAAAAAUCGCUACAGUACGGAGAUACCUACAAAACGCUCAAACACACACACACACACACACACACACACACCAACAGCAUUUUGGAAGAACGCAAAGCCUUCGCAAAGCGUUUAUGCUUGAUUUUGUAUUAAAAGUGGGGGGCUAUAUAUUCAAAAAAAAAGUUUUAGGUUUUGUAACUUACACAGACAACUCAACACGGUCAUCAGUAAUAAGAUCGGCAAAAGGCUUGAGGGCGACAGCAACAUCCUCCUUAACAAACUUCUCAGUUUGCUCGGGUGCACGGCCGACGAAGGUGGAAGCGUCCAAUAACUUGUCCAACUCAUCGUAGAUGGGCUUGAAGUAAGGAGUCUUCUUGAUACGCUCGAUCAAGUCAUUGUCACCACCCUCCUGCUUCACGACAUAACCAGCUUGGUGAGACAAGACACGAAUCUCUUCGUGGCAUUCUUGACGGCUGGCACCGUGACGAACCAUGGCCAUGAUAAUGUUCUCGGUAGCCAUGAAAGGCAACUCAGCACGGAUAUGCUUCUCAACAACCUUGGGGUAAACAACAAAACCGGAGAUAACGUUGAGGAGAAUCUUCAAGACACUGUCGGUGAACAAGAAAGCCUCGGGAAUUAAGGAACGACGGUUGGAACUGUCAUCCAAGGUACGCUCAAACCACUGAACCGAAGCAGUUUGGAGAGAGUUGGGGAUAAGGUUCAUGAUGUAACGGGCCUGAGAGCAGAUACGCUCGCAACGCAUGGGGUUACGCUUGUAAGCCAUGGCGGAACUACCAAUCUGACUAGUCUCGAAGGGCUCUUCAAGCUCCUUCAAGUUAGCGAGAAGACGGAUGUCAGUAGCAAUCUUGUGGGCAGUUGCAGCAAAAGAAGCCAAAGGUUGAAGGACAUCAAUAUCGAUUUUACGAGAGUAAGUCUGACCACAAACAGGGUAGACGUUGUCGAAGCCACAAAGCUUACUGCAAAGCUUGUCGAGCUUCUCGACCUUGUCAUGGUCACCGUUGAAAAGGGCCAAGAAAGAGGCCUGGGUACCAGUAGUACCCUUGACACCACGGAAACCAAUGUCAUUACGGGCACGGGUGAGGUUACGCAAAUCCCAAAGGAGCUCUUGCAACCAAAGAGUAGCACGCUUGCCAACCGUAGUCAAUUGAGCAGGUUGGUAGUGAGUGAAACCAAGAGUAGGCAUGUCCUUGUACUUAAGAGCCCAUUUUGCAAGACGGUCGAUAACAUUGACAAGCUUCUUAAUGAGAAUAUCCAUACCCUUACGCAAGAAGAUAAGGUCAGCGUUGUCAGUGACGAAGCAACUAGUAGCACCCAAGUGAAUGAUACCAGCGGCGGCAGGAGCAGCCAAACCGUAGGUAUAGAUGUGUGCCAUAACGUCGUGACGACGACGCUUCUC